UCCUUUUGUGGGCGGUCAUGUUAUAGGCCCCGCCUUCUUGAGGGCGUGGCCUCCCAGCUCACGCUUUCCUUUCCGGAAGUGACGUCGCCUCCGCCGCCGCUCUACCCGGAAGUGCCGCCGCAGCCCCGCCAUGUCGCGCGCCACCAAGCGGAAGCACGUGGUGCGGGAGCUGCUGGAGGAGCGCGUGCGGCCCGCGGAGGGACAGAGCGUGGUCAGGGUGCUGGGGACGCCGGGGAACAACCUGCACGAGGUGGAGACGGCCGAGGGGACGCGGUUCCUGGCCAGCAUGCCCCCGCGCUUCCGGAGGCACAUCUGGAUCAAGAGAGGUGAUUUCCUGCUGGUCGAUCCCAUCCUGGAGGGCUCCAAGGUCAAGGCUGAGAUUUCCCUGGUGCUGCUCCCGCCCCACGUGCGCUCGCUGCAGCGCCAGGGGCUCUGGCCCGAGGCCUUCGCGCCCCUGGAGAGGAAAAACCCGCGGGAGGGCGAGGACCAGGGGCUCUUUGUCAACACCAACCGGGGGGGGACCCCUGGGGACACCGGGGACAGCUCUGGGGACAGCGAGGAGGACACGGGGGACAGCGACGGGGACGAGGACACCGGGGACAGCGAUGGGGACACCGGGGACAACGAGGAGGACAACGAGGACACCAAGGACAGCGAAGGGGACGACGAGGAGGACACGGGGGACACUGAUGGGGACAAGGAGGACACCAAGGACAGCGAAGGGGACAUUGGGGACACUGGGGACAGCUCGGAGCACGGCAGCCGGGGACACACAGGGGACACGAGUGACAAAAUGGGGACCAAGGCCCCGCAGCCGGAGGACACUAGGGACAGGGACACUGGGGACAGGGACAGAGACACUGGGGACAGGGACACUGGGGACAGGGGGGACACGGGGCGGGGCGGGGCCGGUCCCCAAUAAAGGACGCUGGUGGCACUGGGGUGGCUCUGUGUGUCCCCUCCCCCCCAGUGACACGCGGUGACACAAAGUGACUCCCGG